AUGGAGGAGCACAUAGAGAUCGCGACAUUCACGUGCGCAGACUGCUACGUGUACAAGAUCCCGCCGUUGCCGCUCGGCCAGACGGGCCACAGAGCCGAGCAAUGGGACGUGAACAACUGGCUCGCGGAGGUCGAGGCCAGAGUGGUUGUGCGCGGCGACGAUCUAAUGGUGCGCCUCCUGGAGAAGGAGUCGAAGAACCUCUUCGCGGAGUGCCCCGUCGCGAACAACAAGCCCCUCUCCGCCGCUCUCGAGAAGGUCGUCGACUCCUCGAGAUACUUCGUCCUCCGCGUCGAGGACCGCGCCACGAAGCGCCACGCCUUCCUGGGGUUCGGUUUCCGGGAGCGCGACCACGCUACCAGCUUCACCGCAGCGCUCGACGACCACCGGCAGCAGAUGCGCCGGCAGGCCGAGGCGCAGGCGAUGGCGAGCCGCUUCCAGCAGGACGCCGCGAAGAAGGACUAUUCGCUCCAGCCGGGCCAGAAGGUUCACGUCAACGUCGGCGGUCUGCGCGGUGCGAGCGACGCGGCCGCGGGGAAGCGGCUCGGGCUCGGGCUGUCCGGCAGCGGCCACGCGCCCGUCGCGCCGUCGCUCGCGCCCCCGCCCGCCGCCGGGGCGUCGCCCGCGAAGCUACCGCCGCCGCCGCCGCCGGGCGCAGCGCCGGGCGGGGCCAGGGCGCCGAACCUGAACGUGUCGUUCCCCUCGGGCUUCAGCACGGACGCGGGGGGGCUGCAGGGGCUCCUCGGCGGCGGCGCGUCUGGGCAGCCGCAGGCGCAGCAGCAGGCGCCACCUGGCGGCACGCAGGCGGCUGCGAACGACUGGGCUGACUUCGGGGACUUCCCGUAG